CGUAUCGGUCUCCAUCGAAUAUGGACUUCAUCGAACAGUACUAUAAACUAAACAGAAUUCUCCUUUUGUGUCUCGGUCUAUGGCCUUAUCAAAAUUCAGCUUUCAAGAAGAUUCAAAUAAUUUUUUAUCAAACAUUAUUCGUAUCUUUCUUAGUAUGUCAGUUUAAUACGUUUCUUGUCAAGAAAUGCAACACCGAUGUCCUUCUGAAAAUUUUUACGUAUAUCGUUUUUGAUUGUAUAUAUAUUGUAAAAUAUAGUGCAUGGCUCCUACUCUCCAAUAAUAUCAAGUAUAUCUUCGAUAGAAUGCGACAUGACUGGAAUAUAUUAAAAGAUCAGACAGAAUGUGAAAUAUUAAGAGAGUAUGCAGAUAACGCAAGAUUACAUACAAUCUUCUUUCUGUUAUUGGCUACUCUUUGCUUUUUGGGACUGUUAACAUUGGGCUGUGUGCCCCGUAUACUCGAUAUAAUCAUGCCACUAAAUGAAUCCCGGCCACGACAGUUACCAAUUAUAGUAGAAUAUUUUAUUGAUGAAGAAACGUACUUCUAUGCUAUUUUGAUACAUAUUGCCACAGCCAUCUAUGCUGGCUCCGUAACGUUAGCGGCUUGUGCAACAAUGCCCAUAUCCUAUAUCCUGCAUGUUUGCGCGAUGUUUAAAAUUGCUAGUUAUCGAAUCAAACACAUAUGUGGCAAAGACGUAUUAAACAUGCCAAAAGAUAUUAAGCAAUAUAUACUAUAUGAGAGAUUAAUUCAUGCAAUAUACGUUCAUCGGCGAGCUAUGGAUCUGUGCAGGAUUUUGACAAAUACUUUUACGAUAUUCUAUUUCGUAUUGUUAGGAUUUGGAAUGCUUUCAAUGAGUCUUAGUUUCUUUCACUUACUUCACGUGAUAAUUUCUCUGAAUGAUCCAGUAGAUCUGUUAAUGUUCCUGUGUAUCGUAUUUAUACAUUUAUAUUACAUAUUUAUGACAAACUAUUUUGGGCAAAAUGUUACUGAUACCAGUAUUAAUGUUUCUGAAACGACAUAUAAUACGCCAUGGUACGCAAUGCCAUUAUGGAUGCAAAAACUCAUAUGCAUCAUGAUACAAAGAAGCAAUAAGAAGACUAGCUUAACAAUUGGGGGCUUAUUUGAAACGUCAUUAGAAGGUUUUGCUACGGUACGAAACACGAUGCUGCGCAAAAAUUGUAUUCUGAUGCGCAUCAUAAAAAAAAUAUUAAUUGCAGCUCAUGAGUAUGUGCACGUCUUACGUUAUGGUGCUACAAUCCACACAAUAGAAACCACAGGAAGGAUUGAGAUGUUUAUAAAACUUGUCUUGUAGAUUUAAAA